AUGCCGUUCGUCCCGCCGUCCCCAGGCUCAUCGUUCUCGCGCAUCUCGCGCUCGCCGCUGGCCUCGCGCCCGCCGGCGUACUUCCCGGAUCCGGACACGCCUACGGUGGGCGAGCUGUGGCGGCGACCGGACGAUGUGGCGGUGGUUGAUGCUGGGCCACCGCGGUGCGAGCCGGAUCGCAACACGCCGGCGCUGCUCGGCAACGCCGGAGUAUGUCUCGGACUGGUGAAGGGCCAUGCGGCCAGGGUCCGGGCCGUGGCGGUUGUGGGAACACAGGUGUGGUCCGGUUCGCUGGCGUCAUCGGUCCUUGUCCACGAGGCUGCCACCGGCAAGCUUGUGGGCUCGCUCUCGUGCAGCGCUGGGAGCGAGCGGGCGCAGGCUGCGCGGCGGGCAGCCGUGCCCGCAGAGUCGCAGGGCGCGCCGCUCGACGAGCACGUCUCGGCACUGCUUGCAGUCGGCGACACGGUGUGGAUUGGGUUCUCGUCCGGGCGACUCGGUGUGUGGAACGCCAAGUCUGGGCUGGAGAUGGAGGAGCUCGCUGGUCCGUCGUCCGAUGCGCACGCCGAGAUCACGGCCCUGGCCCUUGUCGCCAACACGGUGUGGAUCGCCAGCGCCGACGGCGGCAUCGCCGUGUGGGACGCCCGCGGUAGAGUGUGCAACACUGUGCUGAGUGGACACACCAACGGAGUCCGCGCUCUUCUCUGCGUCACCGUUCCUGCACUGCAGGGCCUCCCGCAAGUUGCGGUCUGGUCGGCCUCGGACGACAACACCAUCCGGAUGUGGGAUCCGCAGAGUGGCGAGACCCGCCACAUUCUCGACGCGCACACAGGUGCCGUCCUUGCCCUUGCCGCCGACGACGCCGGUCGGGUCUGGUCCGGCGGCGCCGACAAGUCGAUAUUGGUCUGGAACGCCGCGUCCGGCAAGCUCGAAGCCGACAUCACGCCAUCAGCCGCAGGCUGGGUCACCGACCUAGUCUGGGCGACUCCGUUUAUGUGGGCAGCCUCGACGGACCGGUCAGUCCGUAUCUACUCGAGCACGCCAGUGUGCCUUCGGAUCUGCCACGGCCACGGCGGGUGGGUCACCGCCCUCACCAGAGUUCGCAACACCGUGUGGUCGGCGUCGUCCGACACCACUCUUCGGAUCUGGACCGCCGCUCCCGACGCUGAGCUCCCGCGCCACAGCGGCCAGUCGCCGCCUCGGGCGAGCCUUGCAAGUGCUGCGGGAGGGCCGCGCACUGGCUUUGACGUCUACGCCGCACUGGCGUCAACGCUGCCGCAGCUUGACGCUGACUACGCCGACACGGCCGCAGCUCGAGCGGCAGCAGCGGUGGAGCAAGCAGAGGUGGGGCAGAACGUAGAGCAGCGGCGCUCAGCUGCGCGGCGCUUGUCGCCGUCGCGGACUCGUGGGCCUGAGACCGAUGAUGCAACGCGAGAUGGGGCCGGAACGGUUGCGUGGGAAGUUGACGUCAACGCGUUUCGGUCUAAGCGGGCACAGGCGCUGGCUCAGGCGCGCGAGCGUGAGCGUGAGCGUGCGCUUGAACGCAGGCGAGAGCAUGUGCGAGAGCAUGAGAUGGAAGACGGAGAAGGACAUGACUUUGAAGAUGGGCUCGUUGGUGGGCGCAAGAGUGAGUUUGAUCCGACUCGGACGCCGGGCUCGGCGCGGCGGUCAGUCACGUUUGCACAGUAUCUCGAGAGUGGAGGAGCAGCGAGCGGGAUGUCGUCGCUCGGCGGCUCGCGCUUGUCGCACAUGUCGGAUGACUCGCUUGCUGAGCUUGAUGCGGUCUCGCCACUCAAGAAGAUCCACGAGCUACACUCCAAAUAUGAGGACCAGCUCGCAGCCGAGGCUGCGGAAUCACCGGUGGUGGGAGGCGCCGUUCCGCACGUCCCCAUCCCGCCAUUUGAGCUGACACAGGCCAAUCCUGGCGCUGCGUUUGGUUACUCGCCGGCCCAGACGCUCAACAUGCCAGAUCUUCGCGUGUUGAGCUCGCCCGUCCGCAGCGACGCGUUCGAGGUGUCGGAUGACGAAGUGGAGGAUGAGCGCGAGCGUGACCGGGAGGGAGAGCGCGAGCGGGGGCGGGAGCGCGAGCCGAAGCGCGAUCAAGAGCGUGGGAGCGAAGGGCACGAUGCUGCAGACGCUGAUCAAGGCGCCUUCUCGGGUGCCGGCUCACCGUACCCGGACACGCCGGGGCCUCGUGGCGUCGGGGGUUUUGAGCUCUCGUCGGAUGGCGAAGACAGGCGAGAGGCUGGUGGCAGCACCUCGCCACAGCGACGUGGGCCGCGGCUGGCGCGCAGACUGGCACGGCGAGGGUCACGGACACCCAAAGGGACGCAUGCAUUGCCGCGGCAGCCUCAGCAGGACCAGGCCGAUAGCCCUGGUCGGGACGAGGGCAGCGAGCGUGGCGGUCGGCGGCGGCAGUGGGCAUCGCCGACCCAACACUAUCAAGCACUGAUGGAGGGCCGUGAGACAACGCUGUCGCCGUUGGCGGCGAUGAACGCGACACUGGAGGAGGCUCGGGCGGCGCGGAGCGCGCGCGAGGCUGCCGCCACAGAAGCAGCCGAUGCCGCCGCAAUUGAGCGAGAGGAGCGGCGCAAGGAGCUCCAGGCGCGCGACGCGGCGCAGCGUGAUCGUGAUCUGGAGGCUGCACUGCUGGCAUCGAGCAGACCACGGAUAGCUCCGAGUGAGGAUCGCGAGGAGGCCGACGGCCAUCAUCAUCGGCGUGCAGUCGAUCUCCAGCGCGAGGUGGACGCGGCGCGGGUGGCAGCGCGGCCGGCGCGGCGGGCUCUGGCACGAGCACGGGCAGACGGGCGGAUGCUCGACGAAGUCGGGGUCGAUGGCUACGUCGCAAUGUCAGAUGACGGGUCGUCAGGUGAGAGAUCUCUCCCACCAGCAGCGCGUGAAGCGAUUGCGGGCGUGGACGACGUUCACAGCUCUGUUCGAGCCGGCGCGACCUCUGCCCGCGUUCAAAUCACCGGCCUCAUCGAAGCGAUCAAGCGGACGAUGGCUGCCAAUAAGAGCGUGCUCCAGGGCACGGAGCGAGCAAUGGCGCGAGCCGAAGCAAGUGGCGAGGCCGCGCGGGCGUCGGUCCCACCGCAGGAUGUGCUUGAUCUCGCCAGCGAGGCGCGGCUGGAGCAGGCGGAGCUCAAGGCCGCGCUCCGCGCUGUCGCCGUCAAGUUUGGUGACGACAUCCGUGCUGCGCGGACAGCCAAGCCUGCUUCGGGUAGCGGUGGCGACGGCAGACUCGAGAGUCCGCGUGACGCCGCGCCCGCCACUCCUGCGCCAGCAUCGCAAGCCCAGCUCCCGCCGUCGCGGACCGUUCCGGACCAGUUUGUGGCGCCGUUCUUCUCGUCGCUCUACGGCUCGCGGCGGAGCGAGGAGAGGUGA